AACUCACCGCUCGUUUGUUUAUCAAUUUUGAGCAAUCUUUGCUUACGAAUAAAUUAAUCGAGAGUGUGUGUUCGAUUGUAGUAAAUAAUGUUGACCAAAACACGCAACAACUCACUGGGAGACAGCCGAAUCAAAAAGUUUCGACUAGCUGGUUUCGACCAACCACAAGAUUGUUUUAGAGCCUUAACAGAUUGUCUUCAAAACAAUGAAGUAGUGAUUUCGGGUGCCUAGAUCAUAGAGCUAUGAAAUUAAGUAGUGAUUCAUAGUGAUUUAAAAACUCUUAAUUUUUCAAAUGUCUAUCAUUACUUUUGUCUAUGAAGAUAUGAUAUAUAUAUUUGUCUCAGCCCAAGGACAAAGGACCCAAGGCCAUCCAUAACAUAAAGAACAGGGCAAAAACCAGAAACGUCGUAAUUUGUAUAAAAACUUAUAUAAAAACACUGGAGGAGAGAGAAAGAUAAAACUGAAGAUGGAAAGGGAAAAAAAACAAAACACGAGAGAGAGUAAGGAGUACAGUUGAGUUACAGUAGAGUAGACAUACGAGACAGAAAGAGAGAACGUAAAAUAGAAAGGAGAAUCAAGAAGAUAAAUAAAGGAGCUGCUGGAGUGUAUAUGACUCAGCUGUUGAUCUGUUUUCAUGUUAGUAGUUACAGAUCGACACACGUGCUGCUACAGUAGUCAAACAAAUUAUUGGGCCCGUCCAAAUAACAGCAACCAAACCAAAACACAAAAUUGUGUUGAUUUCUUCUGGCACUUUGGUUCAAACGUUCAUGACUCACAGAGUCACAGCUCAUGACAGUAUUGACAAUAGCUACAACGCGUCAGUACGUUUUGUGUUGAGCCUCACAAGUAAUCACUCACUCUUCUGUUUUUCAUUAUUACAUUACCAACAGUUUCUCAGAACUUUGCUCAGCUUAAAUGAAUUGUUUCUCGUCUCAGCUCAGCUGCUGUUAAUGGAGCAUCAUUUCAAGUUUUGUUGUACUUCCAUACUUAAGUUGUUAAAGUGUUAAACGUCCACCCGUGUGCGCGUUCUCUCUUCUUCUCAGUUCUCUUGUGUUACUUCAACUUAAAGUAUAGGUAUAUAUAUUACGACGUAGUCGUACGUAGCUGAUGCAGCUGCGCGCUGCUGGGCGGUCUGGGCCGUUGUUUUGACACAAUAAUAGAGAGUACAGAGGAGUAGGUACACGACAGAGACUCAGGCUGGAAGCCUGGAUGACUACGACGCGCUGUGUUGUUUGGGAUCAGUUCUCGGGUCGAUUUACCCAUCUACGGAAACAACGCGUGCUGGUCUAUACUCAAGCACAACCAAUGCAUCUUAGCGGGUGAGAUGUUUAAAUUAAACAUACUGCCGUUGCAAUGGCACGAGCAAGGCAAGAAGCUCAUUUGCACCUACCUGAUCAAACGCUACUGCGGACAGUUCCUUGAGGAUGAUCUUGACAUCAACAAGCUGUCCAUUAAUCUCUACCAUGGCAACAUCGACGUGGGUAACGUCCGUCUCGACGUACAGGCUUUCAAUGAAAUGUCAGAAAAAUAUAAUCUGCCAGUGGACCUCAUAUCCGGUAGUGCCGAUAAAAUCGUGGCCAAUAUACCCUGGACACGAUUGCUUACCGAGAGUACCUAUAUUGAAAUCACCGGAUUGAAGCUAGUUUUAAAGCCUAAACCGAGACUUAAGCCAGAUAGCUCUGUACUAGAGUCUAUGAUGAAUUCCAUGACUUCCAGCAUGCAAUUAGCUGCAGAAUGCUUGAAACAGGAAGACAAUGCAAGUAACAAUCAACCCAUAGAAGGAAUUGAAUUGUGUGCUAACACUAUAGACUCGGUAUUUUCCAAAAUAAAAGUGCGAUUUAAGAACGUCGUGAUACGCUUGGAGCAUGUGCCACUGGAUUCACAGACGGGAGUAGCCAUAGAAAUUCGGAUUGAGACUCUGGAUUAUUCUGACGAGGCGAGCUCCGAUCCGUCACCCGAAACCACGGAUCCCGACCAACCGAACAAAGGAUUUCUUGUGUCAGCUUUUUCUACCAAACGUUUUUACCUCGAAGGUGUAACUUUUCAUCUCGAUGAGUUCCCGUCACAAUGCAGAACUACUUCUCGUCGAAUAUCGGAUAGCAGAGAAUCGUCUCCCGACUCAAAUGAUUCAGAUGGCCAUUAUUCGUCCGCGCAAAUAUCUCCAACGCAAAAUAUGCAAAUACCACCCAGAAGAAGUACGUAUAUUGAAACCGAUGAUAAAUUCAAUCCCAUUAUGUGUGCAAAAUUAUCUGGAUCUCAGGAAAUUCGCUUGCGGUUAAAACAAGAUUCCAGUAUCGCGGGAUCUAAAGUAGAGUUAACGGUAACUUUGGGUUCUCUUAUAAUGUUUCUGAGUCCACGGCAAGCUCACGUUUUGUACGAGUUGUUGAACGGUCUCGCGUCACCAGAUGAUAAUGAAACGACCAGUGUUAUGCCAAGAACCGUUUGUGCCGAAAAGCCCAUGGUUCAUAGCGAUUUCAACCGAGUUGAACGUGAGCUUCUUAGUCAGAUCAAUCCUAUGCAAGGGCUGCGCACGAUGGAUUUGCGUAACAAUCAAGGCUGGUCGAGCAAUCCAGCGGAUUCGGACAAUGAGGAUGAAUUCUUGCCAAUGGUGCGAUUGCAUCACAUCGGAAGUAGCGGUUCAAUGACCAACUCGAUCAACAGCAAUGUAAAUGCGAGUAUGGACGGUAGCUUCACAGCUAACAGUGUAAGCUCCAAGAGUUCAGUCGGUGGAGGCAAGCAUCACAAGUAUCGAAACAGCAUCGACGUAGAUCCAUCGGUCGAGACGUCACAAUUCAAUUUACGCAUCGCAUCGGUCGCUUUGGUGCUGUUGCACGAAGAGAUACUUAUCGAGGGUGUUGAUGGUGGACUUUCCAAGACGAGCAUAAAUGUGAUGAAAAGUACGGCUGAAGAGUUCUUCAACAAGCUCGGCGCGCUUGCGAGUAACGUUUACGGUAACAAGGACUUUGAAAAGAUCUCGCAGUUGUUUUCAGAUAUUUGUCAACUUAGUCAUUUGAGAUUUUUGGGAGCUCCUUUAGUAAUCAACGGUAGCGAGGAAAAAACUAUGCAUGGCUGUUAUUUAUCUGGCAACUUAACAUUAGCUAGCUUAGGGAUUCUCGAAUGUUUGUUUGAUAAAAUAAGUAGUCAAGGAUCAACGUUUGUAGAGCUGCUUACAUUUAUUAAAGAUAACGCGGAGAAUAACGCAGGUUUCUCAAACAAAAUGGACUUGAAGAUGUCAUUUAAAUAUACUCAGAAGGCUGUGAGACGUGGUCAAAUGACAAGAUACAUACAACCUCGCACGUUGUUUGAUAUUGAGCUGGCGCCAUGUCAAGGCGAGUUUGAUAUAACAAUAGUUGAUAGAAUAUCUGCCCUUUUGAACCCGAGUCCUAUUUGUGUAUCUAGUCCAGCUACAGUUGCAGCUAAAGAAAACAUGAACCAGCAUACUUUGUUUAAGCAAGCGGUCGAAGGUCCAUCACUGCCAGAUUCACAUGUAGAUAUUAAAGUUUCAACUCCAAAAUGUGCAAUAAAACUUCGAUUUCCUAUACCCGAUCUUCGGCCUCUCCACGAUAUAAAUCGUACCCCCUGGUGGAAACGCGAAGUUCGUCCAGACUAUGUAACUCUUAAUCUCACAGAUGCCAAGCUUCACACGUCAUUCGAAAGCAACGCGUUUUAUCUAUCACGACACGAAGUCCAGUGCAGGCAUAUGUUGCUCACUUACACAGAGGCAGAUUCAGACAUACCACUGGAGAUCGGUAAGGUAUCGUCGGACCAGUGCCGCGUCGAUGAUUCAAUGCACAACGAGCCGGAGGAUAUGUGCUGGCCACGACUCGUCGUUACGUUGUUCCCUCAACAGUAUGGUGCACCACUCGAGGACAGUUCGGAAGGUGAACCUGAAAGCAUGGAAGACUCGAUGGAACAUCAGCUAAAGUACCAGCCAUCGCCAUUCAGUUCGAAAAAAAUCAUCCACGAGUCUGAUACACCACACUCUAAACGCACAUAUGAAAAAAAAGAUGGUGCGGAAGUAAGGGAAGGUGAGGAAGUGAUCACUCCUGGGAACAAGGCAGAAAUGAAUGAGUUUAUUGAGGAGGGGACCAGGAGUUCAAGAAUUCGUUUGGAAAUCGGAUUACCAUGUGCUUCUGUUCAGAUUCCGUCGAAACAUCUGUACGAAUUAAUAUACAAUAGAUUCAACACAGAUUUGCUGCUUUGGAAACCAUCUGCACCAAAGUCUAAACACACGACUCACACAGACACGAACAUCGGUCUAGAUUUGGCAUCAACCUUGUUGCAGGAAUCCGUGAUACCCAAGUUUAGCAUGUGCAAAAGUGGAAUAGGAUAUGGUUCUGACUCUGACUCGGAUGAAGAAGGAAUAUUUCACUCGACCACAGACAAAGCUAACAACCGUGACAAACAAAAUCGUGUUUUUAAAAACGGUCAAAGCAAAAUUUGUGUACUGUUGAACAUAAAUCAGGGUCUACUAUCUAUGUACACUCCAGUCAGAGAUUCUUCGCACAGAGUCAUACCUGGACAACACGGUGAAAUCGUUUUGAGACUCGAUGAAAUGACCAUAUUCUCUGUUACCAGUUACAAAGGCGAUGAGAAUUUAGGAUACGUGUGCGUCAUGUCUAAAGAGGUAUUGCUGCAUCAUUGCGGCAUAACUACCAUGCAUUCGCAGACUCCUCCUUUACGAUCUAUCAACAGCAUUAUACCAAAGCAUUGUCAGCGUACGAUAUACAGAAGUGAAUCUGGUGCUAAUAUUAGGAUGGAAGCUAUGGAUAAAGACAUGUUAUUUGUUGCCGUUCGAAUACAAUCUGCCCAAGAAACUCAACGAAUUAAAACUUUUAGAGUGGCCGUUGGUUUAAACAAUGCAACCUUAAAGCAUAAAGUGUGUGCUACCCAAAACUCCUGGUACUCACAAAUGAUUGAUUGUCUGGAUGUCAAAGAUCAUCCAGUUCUGGGGUACAUUCCACCUGGAGUUUUGACUGAACUACAUGUUCAUUUUUGGGAUAGCGCUAUAGAUUAUUGCCCAAUAAAUUUACCCUUGCGUUCGAUGAUAACGCUCGAAAGCUUCGGAAUUUCGAGUAACAUCGCCGCGCAGACCAACACAUCGACUUUACGCUUCAUUUCCGAGAACGUAGCCCUGUUUAUUUCGGAUAAAUUGAGCACGUACGUGGAUUUACGAAACGACUACGUGUGCGUCAUGGAUUUUGGUCUGUUCGAGCUGUCGCUGCGCUUAAACGAGAAGAUGUGCGGCGGUGCACCGAGAAUAGAUCUGCGUGCGAGCAACAAUGUACUUCACUUGCGCACCUGCUCGGAUUCUUGUAAAGCACUUACGCAGCUGCUCACUUACUUUGCCAGUGAUGGUGAUCUUGCCCCGGCAAAUUGUGGCAGUACCGAGAGUAUAGCUGUCCCGGGUUCUGAGGACGGAGAGAGCUUGCUUGGCGAUGACCCGGUGAAUUAUCUCAGUAAAAGCCAAGCUGAACGCGUCAACAGUUUGGUCGAAGAUGCUAUGGAAGACACUGAUAAAACCGAGAUAGCAGCUAUAGCAUCGAGAGCGCGAGAGAAAGAAAAGCAGAUGAAAGUGUUCUUCUUCCCGGACGAGUCGAAACCAACAGCGUCCAAAAAUGCCAACGAAAAUACAAGUGCGGCCGAAAGUGAAAAUGCUGUCGCCGAUCAUAUAAUCGAAUACGAUGAUCCUGACGACGAUUUUUGCAUUUUGGGCGAGGAAGCUGGAGUUGGUAUACUUCCGCGCACAGGCUUGCCGGAAGUCAGAUGGCUGUGUAACGAGUCUCUACGUAUCGUGGACAAUCAUUUUCCAAUGCCAAUCGGGAAGGUUGAUAUGCUGAAGGCGCCCAAGAAUUUUCCAGCGCCGGUGCUCAAAUACACGCUGUGUGAAAUGACGUUGGUCUGGCACAUGUACGGCGGCAAAGACUUUGGUGAGCCACAGCAGCUGAUGCCCUUUAAGAAGCACAUUACCAUUUACGACAAUUACACGUAUCAUCAGGAAAAUAGAAGUCACUCAGCUUUGGAUGAAGUGACUUUUAGUAAAGCAUCUCCCAAUAAAGUUCACUUUGGCAGUGUGCCCAGCUCACCGCGAGCGCGUUACCAAGAUCCUUGCUCAGAUUGGAAGACACAAGGCGGACCGGGGCGCAAUCUUAAUGUGCUGAUGGAGCUGCAGUUGGAUAAGGUGCGCUUUCAACACGAUGUAUAUCCAGACAACACGAAGGAAGCCUCGCGCCAAGUUCUGCUGAUCAGUAACAUCGAGAUGCGUGACAGAUUGGCUACGUCGCAGAUCAACAAAUUCCUCUACCAGUACAGCAGCGAUGCUUUACCCAAGCAAACUCACGCAAACAUGUUUUCCGUGAGAGCCUUGCACGUGCGUCCUGAUCCUCAGAUAGCGUCUCAAGAGUGUAGCCUGAAAAUCAGCCUACUGCCUGUGCGGCUGAACAUCGACCAGGACAGUUUGCUGUUUCUUAUUUCGUUCUUUAGCGAGCUUGGUAGUUGCGCUAAGCAGGACAUCGACAGUACGUCGCUGACGAGUAGCAUGUCAUCACUGUCUGGCUCAAAGCAGGGCACGCCAACGCAUCAUCCAGUCAUGUGCGUAGCAGAAGACGAUGUUAAUGCAAAUGACACUGUAGACGUGCAAAACAAUGCCAACAUAGAUCAAAACCUGAUGAUUUUGUUGGAGGAUGAGCUAACUAUCAAGGAAUCGAAGCCAAGCGCGAAAAUAAUGACGGAGACACAAGAUCUCAGUCAACCCGUGUAUUUCAGAAGUGUGACGUUUGCGCCGGAAGUUUUAGUACGAUUAGAUUACCAUGGAAGAAAUCGUAUCGAUCUCACACACGGACCAUUGGCCGGUUUGAUAAUGGGACUGACUCAGUUGAAUUGUUCCGAGUUAAGACUGAAGAAAUUGAUGCAUCGACACGGUUUAUUGGGUUUCGAAAAAUUGAUUGCCUUUAUAUUUUCGGAGUGGCUGCAAGACAUCAAGAAAAAUCAGCUCCCCAGUCUGUUGGGUGGAGUUGGCCCUAUGCACUCCCUUGUUCAACUGUUCCAAGGAAUACGGGAUCUGUUUUGGCUUCCAAUCGAGCAGUACCAGAAGGACGGCAGAAUAGUUCGAGGACUUCAGCGUGGUGCCAAUAGUUUCACUACAUCGACGGCAAUGGCAGCAUUGGAGCUGACCUCGCGACUUGUCCUUGCCAUACAAAGUACAGCUGAAACAGCAUAUGACAUGGUCAGUCCAGGUCCGAGCGUAAGACGUCCCACGAAAGGCCGUAAAGGUCGCAAGAAACGCUAUAACCAGCCUCUUGACAUUCGAGAGGGUAUGACUAAUGCCUAUAUGCUUGUCAAAGAGGGAAUCAAUGAGACGGCUACCCAACUAGUAAGAGUGGCGAGUGAGGAGCACGAACAAAAGGGUGUCACUGGUGCCGUGGGUGCUGUUGUACGUCAGAUACCACCAACGGUCGUGGCGCCAUUCAUUAUAGCGACCGAGGCGACCAACAACGUUCUUGGCGGUAUGAGAUCUCAACUGGUGCCAGACGCUAGACGCGAGGCCGUCCAAAAGUGGAGGAUGGAUUCUAACUAAACGUGUACAUAUGCCAUAAAACGAAAUUUUUUUACAACAGAGGUGCGACAAACCGAAUACUGAAUUGAAUUCAAAUCGAAA